AUGUCUCCUCCUAGUACCCCUAAACGGGGACGCACCAAGGACAACGAGAAACCAGUAGUAGUCUCUCCGUAUUUUUCGAAGAUAGACUCCUCUCCCGUUGUUUCUCCUUACCGAUUCUCCGCAGUCCCUCACGAUGGUGAGAAGCCCGCACCAUGCUCCCCAUUGCGAGACCUCGACGAUGAAGAUGAUGAAGACAAUGACCCCGACGAAUAUGAUGAGAACUUAGCCCAGGAUCCCUUAUUUCUAUUUCAUUUUCGCACAAUGUUCGACCUGUAUCAGCGGUUGUACGCAGCUAAGCCUACCAUGAUCCAAGAAACCGUGGCCGACAACCCGUGGAAGCUUUUGGUUGCUGUAACGCUCCUCAAUAAGACAGCGGGGAAACUGGCCAUACCCGUCUUCUACACUAUUAUGAAGGAGUGGCCAACGCCAUGGGCACUCUCCCAAGCUCCGCACAGUGUUCUAUCGGAUCUCUUGCGCCCGCUAGGCUGCUACGACAUUCGCGCCAAUCGUUUAACAUGUCUCUCCUCUGCAUGCCUCCUUGAUCCGCCCUGCGUCACUGACCUUCGACCUACUAACAUACUCAUCACCGUACCCAAUGCCCAUCUGCACUCCCCUGGAACGCAGCGCUCUCGAUAUCCCCCAACACCCAUUUCUCAUCUCCCGGGAACCGGGCCGUACGCACUCGAUUCCUAUCGAAUAUUCUGUAUCCAAGAGUCAGACGAGUGGAAGCGUGUGAUGCCUUCCGAUAAAGAAUUGGCUCGAUUCUUGCGGUGGAAGUGGGCCAUGUACGAGCGGAAGCUGUGGUUACCCAACAUUGGUGUCGUUCGCCAUAUUCGUGAGAACGAUCUUCGAGCAUUAAUUAACGACCUAGUCCGCACAACUUUAUAG